UACACAUUCUCUAGAGGACUGUGUCUGGGAGGCGUGGGCGUGCCUUUGUUCAUCAGCUACUCAUUUACAACAAAGAACACGUGUUGAGCGUUUUAUUGGCUUUGUUCUUGCUAUAUGGGGCAUAUUGUUUUAUUCACGGUUGCUGAGCACGAUGACAGAACAAUUCAGAAGAAACAUGCAAAAACUCAGGGAAGGAGCUCAGAUGCGAGUUUUGGAGUCCGAUCAUAUCAUCAUUUGUGGUUUAAACGGUCGUCUGUCUUUCAUUCUAAAGCAACUAGAUAGAUCUCAUGAAUUCGCUGUGCGUUUAGGGACUGCUACAGCCAGGAGGCAAAGAAUUCUUCUUAUGUCAGAUCUCCCGAGAAAGCAAAUGGACAAACUAGCUGACCAGGUUGCCAAGGAUCUUAACCAUAUCGAUGUCCUUACAAAGAGCUGUAGCCUUAGUUUGACAAAAUCAUUUCAAAGAGCGGCAGCCAAUAAGGCACUUGCCAUUAUCAUCUUGCCUACAAGAGGAGACCAGUAUGGAAUCGAUUCUGAUGCAUUUCUCUCUGUACUAGCACUUCAACCUAUUCCCAAGAUCGAAUCUGUACCAACAAUUGUUGAGGUUUCUAAUUCCACUACAUGCGAGCUCUUAAAGUCGAUUUCCGGAGUGAAAGUAGAGCCAGUAGAAAAUGUUGCUUCUAAACUAUUUGUUCAAUGUUCUCGGCAAAAGGGGCUCAUUAAGAUUUAUAGGCACUUGCUUAAUUAUAAAAAGAAUGUAUUCACUCUUUGCCGUUUUCCUAGCCUAACAGGAUUGACUUACAGAAAAAUAAGACGGGGUUUUCAAGAGGCAGUUGUUUGUGGUAUUUAUAGGGGUGGUCACAUAUACUUUCAUCCCAAGGAUGAUGAGAUUCUGAAGGAAACUGACAAAGUAUUGCUAAUUGCGCCUAUUAGUAAGACAUGGAAACAACAGCAGGCACUGGAGGAGGUUGGACAUGAAGAAACCAAAAGACUCCGAGGCAUGGAAGUUUUCAAAACCAUCGUUGAUACUCCUGAUCAUGAUUUCGAAUUGAGAAAAGAACAGUUUUUAAAUAUCGUAAAACGUCCCAAAAGAUUGGGAUCAAAGGCCUCGGACCAGACGCUUGGACCCACGGAGUGCAUACUUAUUCUUGGAUGGCGCCCGGAUGUUAUUCAUAUGAUCGAAGAGUAUGAUAAUUAUCUCGGCCCUGGAAGCGUGUUGGAAGUAUUAUCGGAUGUCCCGUUAGAAGAAAGGAAGAGGGCAAUCUCUGCUUCGGGUCAAGCAAAACUAAAAAAUGUCCAGGUUAUACAUAAGCUUGGAAACUCCAUGAACUAUGACACGUUGGAGGAAACUAUAAUGAACGUACAAAAUUCUGUCGUGAAACCGAAGUCUAUUCCCUUUUCCAUUGUUGUGAUUUCCGAUAGAGAAUGGCUUCUCGGAGAUCCAUCGAGGGCAGACAAGCAAUCUGCAUACUCUCUUCUUCUUGCCGAAAAUAUCUGCAACAAACUCGGAGUGACGGUGCAAAAUCUGGUUGCAGAGAUAGUCGACUCGAAAUUAGGCAAACAAAUUUCGAGAAUCAAACCAUCUCUAACUUACAUUGCGGCAGAGGAAGUGAUGAGUCUCGUAACAGCUCAAGUGGCCAAGCACAGUGAUCUGAAUGAGAUCUGGAAAGACGUUCUGAAUGCUGAAGGUGAUGAAAUAUAUAUGAAGGAUAUUGGUCUUUACAUGAAAGAAGGAGAGAACCCGUCAUUCUCCGAGCUAACCGAAAGGGCAUGCUGGCGUCAAGAAGUCGCAAUAGGAUACGUGAAGGACAAUCAUAAGGUUAUUAACCCAACUCCAAAGACAGAGCCUCUCUCCCUAUCAAUGACGGACUUGCUAAUCGUCAUCUCCGAGCUCGAAGGCGAGCAACCUAUUGUCGUCUAAAAUGCAAGUAACUCCAGCCAUUCUUGUUCCCCUUUGCACUUUUAGUUUUUUUCCCAAUAAGUUUUUAUGGUUCCG